CUCGUUGUCGCAGGAUAUAUUUGUUUUAUACACGUGGCAAGAACUUAAAACAAGUUCAAAGGGAUGCGUUUAUUGAUGAUGAAAGCAAUCAGAUGGGAUUUCAGUACAGGGUCUCACUUUCAGUGACACGGAGAUCCUCACCACUCAUGAUUCACUCGCAUUCAAUGAGAAUCCUGAGUUUUCGGACUCCCUCGACCGCUUGCUUUUUGGUUUGGAUUCAGACAGCAAUGUUGUUCAGAAUCCAGUCGCUAGUAAAUCGGACCAAGAUGAGGUAAUCCAGCAAGCUCAAGCUCAUAUCGAGUCGGCCGGGGAUGAGGACGUCCAGCAAUCUUUAGUCAGUCUAUCUGAAGAGAAGCUGGAAGACGGCGAGAAGCCUAGUGUGCACAUGCAGGAGAUUAACUCCUGCAUGUAUGUUGUCGGUGAAAUGCUGGCUAAAACUGCUUUUGUAACCGUCUACGCGGGGACCCGUGCGCAGGAUGGCGCGGAGGUGGCACUGAAAUACGUUCAUACAACCAGGCAUGUGGAUUAUAUCAGCAUCCCAAAUCAUCCUGAACCCCUUCCGCGUGAGGUGGCUCUUCAGAUGAUUGCCUGUGAGGACAGCGACGUUCCUGAGAUUGCCCAGCUCUUGGACUGGAAGGACUAUCUUGACCACUACGUCAUGGUCGUGGAGCGCCCUUUUCCCUGCCAGGGUUUGGAUAAAUUUGUUGCGAGCCAAGGGGGAAAGCUCGACGAGGAGUUGGCGAAACGUUUCAUGUGGCAGGCAACCUUAGCUGCCUGCAUGUGCCUUGUACAUGGGGUUUUCCACCGUAAUGUCACGCUCGAGAACUUCCUUGUAAAAACAGACACCAUGGGCAUCAGACUGAUCGGCUUCAGGUGCGGCGAUCUAUUUAAAAGGUCGACCUACAAGACGUUCACAGGCACAAGAGACUACAUCUGCCCUGAAUUUUUUCAAACCGGCGAGUACUAUGCAAAGCCGGCGACGGUAUACUCGCUCGGGGUGCUGCUGUUCGCCAUGUUGUGCGGGAGGUUCCCCAACCGUAAUGAACUGGUGUCUAUCAAAAACCGGAGCUGGUACAACGGCGACUUGACUUUUGAAUGCUGCCAUCUGAUUGAAGACUGUCUGCAGGAGGAUCCAGAGAAACGUAUUGAUCUGGAAGACAUCUUUGACCACAAGUGGUUUGAGGGCAAAUAUCACACAGAAGACAUCCAGAUUCCAGAUGAUGAUGAGUCCAGGGUGUUCAAUCGAAAAAUCAAUGGCCGGCAGUAUGAGAUCGGCGGAAAGCUGGGUCGAGGUGGUUUUGGAACCGUGUAUAAAGGCAUCCGUGUGAAUGAUGGCUUAAAGGUGGCAGUGAAAUUUGUCAAGAAUGACCAGGAUGAAAUCUACAUCCCGGGUUAUCGUGAUCCCCUUCCUCGAGAGGUCGCCCUUCACAUGCUUGCCUGUGCGGGGGGAUUUGUUCCUGUGAUCGCCCAGUUUCUGGACUGGCAGAACUAUCAGGACCACUACGUCAUGGUCCUAGAGCACCCUUGUCCCUGCAUGGACGUGGCCGCUUUCGUGGAACAAAAUGGAGGCACUCUCCCCGAGAACAUAGCACGGGUUAUCUUGUCGCGUGCGGCCGAAGCAGCUGAAGUUUGCUGCAAUCGGGGGGUUUUCCAUAGGGACAUAAAACUGGAAAACCUCCUGAUUAACAGGAAAACCCUGGAGGUCAAAUUGAUCGACUUCGGGUGCGGCGAUCUUCUUAAAAGCUCUUCUUACAACGAGUAUAUGGGCACACCUUUCUACACUUGCCCUGAAUACCUCGAACAGGGCAAGUAUCACGGAAAGCCGGCGACGGUGUACUCGCUCGGAGUGCUGUUGUUCUUCAUGUUGUGCGGGGAUUUCCCAGGCGACAGUGACCGGCAACUGAUACUUGAGGGGAUCUGGCACAGACGAGGCUUGACUCAAGAAUGCUGCAGUUUUGUUGAAGACUGUCUGCAGAGGGAUCCAAAGAAACGUAUUGAUCUGGAAAUGAUCCGUAACCACAAGUGGUUUCAGGUCAAAUAUCCCGCAGACGCAGAGACUCACGUCCACUUUGGAAGGCAUGACGUCAUUCAACAUCCAUAUUAUGCUGGAUCUGAGAUCAAUGAUCAUGUGGACAUUUUAGAAAAUCAGCCUGAAGAGAAGCUGGAGGAUGAUAAGGAGUGCAGGGUGGUCAUUCGGGAAAUCCAUGACCAGCUGUAUGGGAUCGGCAGAAAGCUGGGUCAAGGCAUCUGUGAAGGGAUCCGUUUGCAGGAUUGCUUAAAGGUGACAGUGAAAUUUGUCAAGAAGACCGAGGAUGUAAUCAAGGAUUAUAUCUACAUUCCGGGUUGGCCUAACCCCUUUCCUCGAGAGGUCGGUCUACAGUUGCUUGCCAGCGAGGGAGGAAAUGUUCCUAUGAUCAUCAAGCUUCUGGACUGGCAGGAUUAUCCGGAGGAGUACAUCAUGGUCCUAGAGUGCCCUUCUCAUUGUGUGGAUGUGGGCGCUUUCUUGCAUAGCAAUGGAGGCACCGUACCCGAGUACAUAGCGCAGGCUAUCUUGGGGCAAGCGGCUGAAGCCGCUCAACUUUGCUGCAAACGGGGGGUUUUCCAUGGGGACAUAAAACUGGAAAACCUGCUGAUUAACCCAAACACCCUGGAGGUCAAAUUGAUGGCCUUCGGGUGCGGCAAUCUUCUUAAAAGCUCGACUUACAACAAGUAUAUGGGUAUGUUUUAUCACUUUCCUUUAUGA